AUGCCAUUAGUUGAAUCAUUACCAAUUGGACCAGAUACAAUACGAAUUCUUUUUACAACUGAUAAUCAUGUUGGAGCAUAUGAAAAUGAUCCAAUUAGAGGUGAUGAUGGUUGGAAAACAUUCCAUGAAAUAACUAAAAUAGCAAAAGAACAAGAUGUUGAUAUGAUAUUACAAGGAGGUGAUUUAUUUCAUAUUAAUAAACCAACUAAAAAAUCAAUGUAUCAUGUUAUGAAAUCAAUUAGAUUAAAUUGUUUUGGUGAUAAACCUUGUGAAUUAGAAUUAUUAAGUGAUCCUGGUCAAUGUUUAAAUAAUGGAGGAUUUAAUAAUGUUAAUUAUGAAGAUCCAAAUCUUAAUAUAUCAAUUCCAAUAUUUGCAAUUAGUGGUAAUCAUGAUGAUUCAACUGGUGAAGGUUUAUUACUGGCAAUGGAUGUAUUAGCAGUAAGUGGUUUAGUUAAUCAUUUUGGUAAAAUAAAAGAUACUGAAAAUAUAACAAUAUCACCAAUAUUAUUUCAAAAGGGUUUAACUAAAUUAUCAUUAUAUGGUUUAGAUAAUUUAAGAGAUGAAAGAUUACAUCGAGCAUUUAGAGAUGGGAUAAUUAAAUUUCAAAGACCCAAAAUUCAAUUAGAUGAAUGGUUUAAUUUAUUUACAAUUCAUCAAAAUCAUGCUGCUCAUUCAUUAACUUCAAGUAUUCCUGAAAAUUUCUUACCUAAGUUUUUGGAUUUUAUUGUAUGGGGUCAUGAACAUGAAUGUAUUCCUUAUCCAGUUCAUAAUCCAGAAACUGGAUUUGAUGUAUUACAAGCUGGUUCUUCUAUAGCAACUUCAUUAUCAGAGGGAGAAAUACCGGAAAAGAAAGUAUUUAUAAUUAAUAUAUUAGGGAAAGAUUAUUCAAUUGAACCAAUUAAAUUAAAAACAGUACGACCAUUUGUAUUAAGAUCAAUUGAAUUGCUGAGAACUAAUUUAAUCCCAGGAGCUGCAUCAAAAUCUGAUGUAAUUGCUUAUUUAACUGAAGAAGUUGAAAAGGCAAUCCAAAUUGCCAAUCAAACUUAUAAAGAAAACAAUCCAGAUAUGUUUGACGAAGAAGAUGAUGAAGAGGAAACCGAGGCAAACAACAAGAACAAUAUUCCAUUACCAUUAAUCAGAUUAAAAGUGGAAUAUAGUGGAGGAUUUGAAAUUGAAAAUGUUCGUAGAUUUUCAAAUCGAUUUGUUGGUAAAAUUGCCAAUGCCAAUGAUGUUAUUCAAUUUUAUAAAAAACGAGAAAAACCAGCAAUUAAUAUUGGUAAAAAAGUUAAAUUCGAUAAAGAUCUUAUCAAUGAAAGUAUUUCUAAUACUAAAACCACUGAACUUCAACUACAGGAUAUAAUUAAUGAUUUCAUGGGUCAAACUCAAUUAGCAUUACUUCCAGAAACUGGUCUACAUGAAGCUGUCAAAAAGUUUAUUGAUAAUGAUGAUAAAAACAGUUUAAAUCAAUAUAUCGAAAAGGAAAUCAAGAAUGAAACAAAGAUGUUAUUGACUAUAGAUAUUGAUGAGGAUGAGUUCCAUGGAAAUGAUGAAAAUCAUACCAGGAACGCGUUUAAACAAAUAUUACAACAAAUUAAACAAACUGAUAUAGUAUUACCCGAAGUGGAUGACAUGGAGCCGCAACCAGCCAAGAAAGCAACCAAACGAAAACCAGCCAAGAAUAAGGAUAUAAUUCUUUCAGAUACAUCGGAUAAUGAAAUACUUGAAUCUAGUCCAAGGAGAAGUACUCCUCGUAGAGGUGCAGCAGCAGCCAAAAAGAGCUACGCCGGUGAAGAUGACGUGGAUGCAUAUAUGCUUUCAAGUGAAGAUGAAUACCAGGAAGAACAGCCCAAGAAAACGACAACUAGACGAGGCGGAUCUUCCACAAGAGCAAGAGGACGUCGUAGGUAA